UAGAUAUAUAAAGCGAGCGCGCGCCGAUCAAGCUCUCGUCCCUCUUUCGUCUUACAGUUCCAUUCGGGUCUUCUCCAAUUUUUGCGGCCUCGGUAAUGUAAGCUCUCCUUCACGAUGUAACGCUUAGGAAGGAAAGACUAAGGACUGUGAUACGAAAGAAAGGAUGUUCUACAAAAUGAACAACAAACGAACUACUACGAAAUUGGAGAGAAUAGAACGAGAUGGUUCUACAUGCAAGCGCACCAAAAGAAAGGAUAAAUCUGCAGUUUCCAAACCAAAAGUUAUUAAUAAAGAGCCAGAUAGGACGCCAUUACCAGCUACUGCUCUACAAUGCCGAACUGUCAUAAUAGGAUCUUAUAAAUAUAUUCCACGAGAAAGAGUAGUAAUUUUUCGAAGUGGUGUAAGAUUUGAAGUACCUUUACUAGAAGACGAUCAAGAUUUUGUUACUUUUAAUGUGGAAUAUAAGGAAAUAAUUAAGGUGCUGAUUCAUUUUGGGGAAACAUUACCGGUAUUAUUUCUCUAUACGUCUAGGAGUUCGGGAGCCAUGAUACGUGAAUUAUUAGGAAUGCAAGAUCGGAAGGGCCCAUAUUACGAUCCUGCCGGAACAGAUCACACUCACAGACGUAUAACUUUAUUGCCAGAGGAAUUAACGAAUGACUCGAAGAUCAAAUUAAAAAAUAUAUUCUCACCUAGAGGCAAGAUGGAGGAGUUGAAUCCUAAAGAAGCAAAUGAUAUUCUUCUGCGAGCUUUACCUAAGGAUAACCAACAGAUCACUAGUAUUAUACGACGACAGAGCCAAAGUUCGCUGCUGAAUAUUGUCAGUGACGAUGGUAGCAUACAAACAAUAACUGUGUAUCCACCGCCACCUGCAAAAGGCGGUAUAGCCAUCAACACUGAAGAUUACUUGUGCCUCGCUGAGGAUCAGUAUUUAAACGAUGUGAUUAUAGAUUUUUAUUUAAAGUAUUUGACUUUCGAAAUACUGUCAGAAUCUGACCAACAUAGGACUCAUGUGUUCAGUUCGUUCUUUUAUAAACGUUUAACCAGCUCACAUGCCCAAGCUGCCGAAAAUGCUAUACCAAUGACACCUGCUGCCAAGCGACACGCAAAAGUACAGAUGUGGACGAAGAAUGUUAAUAUAUUUGAGAAGGAUUUUAUUAUAAUCCCUAUCAACGAGCAAGCGCAUUGGUUCUUAGCUAUUAUUUGCUUUCCUGGACUAGUUGGGAAAGUUGACAUUUCUGCCCCGAGUGUCAGUGAAAACGAUGUUAAAAUUCCGCAAAAGAGCAAAAAGAUGAAGAAGGUAAAAACGAAAGCUGUUACGAUUGGCUAUACAACAAUAACACCUGCAACUAUAACGAUAGAUCAACCGAAUGACGGAUCGGAGAGAGACGAGGCUGAGGGCGAUGAUGAACCAAUGGAAAUAGAUAGCAAUGAAGAAGAAGAGGUUGAUCAGCCUGUACAAGAUAUAAUUCAGCCGUUUAAAGUGAAACCGGAUGUUGUAGAAGAAACAAUUAAAGUUCCCUGUAUAUUGAUAUUCGAUUCGUUUGCUGGUGCCAGUAGGGCACGAGUGGUUGCUACAUUAAGAGACUAUUUAAGCUGCGAAUACGUUGCCAAACUUGGAAGAGAACAAAUCUUUUCAAAAGAUACCAUUAAGGGUGCAUGCCCCAAAGUACCCCAACAAUCGAAUUUAACUGAUUGCGGCUUGUACGUACUGCAAUACGUGGAAAGUUUCUUUCAGAAUCCAAUUAAAAAUUAUACGUUACCAAUUAAGACUUUAAAUACGUGGUUCGAAGAGAUUGUCGUGACAAGGAAAAGGGAAGAGCUAUCGAAACUACUCAUUAAGUUGAUGAAUGCCACCAAAGGAAAUAGAACUAUCCAUUUGCCUAGUGUGAAUUUUCCUACGCAAGACGGCAAACUGAAACCGAAGAGUGAAAAUCAGAUAGACGUGAAGGUCGUCAAGUAAAACAAUGUCCUGCCUUAAAUCUAAAAGAUUUCCAGGUUAAUGUUAAGAACGCAGACUUCA